GCGACUUCAUUAUUUUGAUUGACGUUUCGUAAAAUGGUUUUAUUUUUGUAUCAAAUUCAGGUCGUAGGAUUAGUUAAAUUAAUCUAGUGGUAGAUAAUUAGGCACAAUUAUAGAAGUUGGUCUUCCAUAAUUGUUGAUAAAAUGAUAAUAUCUCGGUCAAAAUUGCGGUCUUCGGUGGAAGUUUGUGCCGAUUGCGGGGCAUCAGAUCCAUCAUGGGCCUCUAUCAACCGCGGGCUGUUGCUAUGUGCCGAGUGCUGCAGCGUACACAGAAGUAUGGGCCGGCAUAUAUCACACGUCAAGUCCCUGAGGCAGGGAUCCUGGCCACCGUCACUGCUUGCUAUGGUGCAAGCACUGACAGCUCAGAAUGUGAACUGUAUCUGGGAACACUCACUGAUGGACACCUCUGCUCCCAAACAUCUCAGGAAGAAACCGCAGCCAAAAGAUCCUUUACAUCCCGUGAAGUCUGAGUUCAUCCUGGCGAAGCACCUGCGGCUCGCGUAUGUAUUGCGCGCGAGACGCGACGAGCCCGCGGCCGAGCUGGGCCGACAGCUACACUCUGCCGUGAGGAGCGGCUCCCUCGAUACCGCUAUGCGUCUGCUCGCGCAGGGGGCUGACCCCAACUAUUAUAAUCAGGAGAAAGGCUCGACGUGUCUUCACGUCGCGUGUAGAGCGGGGCAGCCCGCACAAGCGGAGUUGCUGGUGGCGUGGGGGGCCGACCCCACAGCCCGGGACCAUGCCGGGAACACGCCCUCGGAGUGUGCUAGACAAGGCGGGCACGUGGAGCUGGCGGAGCGCGUGACGGAGCUGGUGUACGAGGCGACGGACCGGCUGAUCUACUUCCUGACGGGCGAGCGGCCCGAGCACGCGGCGGGCCGACACUACGUCGUGCCGCGCGCGCACGGCACGCACGAGAUGACCGACGUCGCCAAGGCCGCCAGGGGCAAGCUGCAGCUGCUACCAAAUCAUCUGUUCGAAGAGCUAGUUAUGGACAUAUAUGAUGAAAUCGAUCGUCGGGAAACUGAAGCGAUAUGGCAGACGAGCGCGACUGGUCUAGAGCGGAGCGGCGUGGUGUUCCUCCCGGUGAACCCGGCGCUGUCGGCCCCGCGGAACCAGGGCCGCCAGAAGCUGGCCAGACUCUCCACCGCCGAGAUGGCUACGUUGCUACGAGAUGUGCUCGUGGACGCCACCAGACGGCAGCACAUUGCCACGCUGCAGCCUAGAGCAUUAACGGGUCCGCUGAACCCGCUGCUGUCCGCGAGCCAUCUGAAGCACAUCUCGCAGAUGUCUGACGACGAGCCGCUGUACGACUCCGUCGCGUCCGAUGAAGACUACGCCGCACUAGCACCUGUAGACCUUGAUAUGCACGGGCUAAUCCCACGGCCCGGUGAGACAGUGUCUUCCAUGUACAACCCGUCCCUGCCUCUGGAGCUGACCCUCGCAGCCGAGCUCCGCCACACGCAAUCACCAACCUUCCCACAGCCAGAGAAGAAAGACGAGAUAGAAACACUCAAGCGAGAGCUACACGAUAAAGAUUCAACGAUAACGGAGCUGAAAAAUCAAUUGAAAAACCUUCAGACCAUAGUGGAACAGCUGACCAAAGAGAACAGCGUGUUAAAGACGAACAGCAUAGACGAUGAUCAGAGUAUAACCUCGCAGUUGUCGACGACUGACGGGUCGUGCGCCCUCGAGUACAAAGGGCAGGAGCGAGGCAAGAGUCUCGAGACAGAGCAAAUGACCCGCGCGGAGGAGGCGGACCUCCGGCUGAAGGGGGCGCCGCGACCGGUCAGUAUGUAUGAGACUAGGGAGGGACCAAAGAAUAACUGGCAGGUUACUAAACACCAGCUAACCACACUAUCAAGUCUUGAUCGAUCGCUCACACAAAGCGUGCUAGAAGGCGGAUCGGGAGCGGACGCUCUCCCCAGCGCGGAAAUGGUUCACAGACGAGCGGAGGGGGUGACCCGCGCCAUCCAGGAGCUGUGGGCCGCCGCCCGCGAACAGCACCCGCGCCUGCCUGAACGAGGGGAGGCUAUCCGCCAUGCCGUCAGGUCGCUGCUAGCGCUCUUCCCACAGACGUGUUCAGAGCCGGCCUUAUCGCAAGUGGUGUCUCAGCUCCGCACGGCGAGCGCGUCGGUGGUGGCGGCGUGCGGCGGGGGCGCGGGGGCGGCGGGCGCGGCGGGCGCGGGGGGCGCGGGGCCGGUGCGGCUGCACGAGGUGCGCGCGGCGGCGUACGACCUGGCGAAGGCGACCAAGCUGCUCGUGACGCACUUCCAGGACUCCUAGCGACCGCACACGCCGCUGCCCGCGCGCCGCACGCACUACACGUACUGACGGUCGCACAUCCGAGACGCCUGGACCAAACUAUUGAACUUACGUUCGCAAGUUUAAUCCUUAGUCGGUGCGUCUGGGACAUGUUAAGAACACUUUUGUACCUACCCUCGAUCCCUAUAUCCCACACUUCUAUGCAAAAAAAACCUUCCCAUAAAACUAUAGAACCAACUCUGAUACUAAAAAUAUCGCAAAAUCAUAAAAUUCUUAAGUGUAAUUUAAGGACCCUACCGUGAUAUCCUGAUCGACAUAAACAUCUCUUGUAGUAAGACCCACUACCUCCUUAUCCCUCUAAACCAGUGUUGUGUUCGAAGUGUCGCGGUGGCGUGAACUAAAUGUGAUGCUUUAGCAGUGCCUGGGCUUAUUAAGCCUUACGUGUAUACAGUCAAAUUGUUUUGCGACCAACGCCUUUGGAGUUACGGACAUUAUAUUUAUAGGUUUUAGAUUAAGGUUAUUAAAAGUAUUUUUAUGUUAGAACAAUGGAAUGAAGAAACCCUAUAAGUGUAUUAAGAAUUUUUUAUGGACAGUAGUCCAUAAAAAUUCAGAGAAUUCAAUAGAAUUCUUUCCAUUCAUAUAUAUGUGUAAGCUUUUAGAUAUAAAACGGUAAAAUUAUUUGACCGUAUUAAUUCUACACAAUCUAAUCUUCCAACCAUUGUACAAUAUAACUCAGUCUAACUUGGCAACACUGCAUCAAAUAGAAGUUAUACCUGUCUAAAGAAUACUUUUGCUGAAUGACAUAUACCUUAUCUUUACCACAAUUAUAUGAAAUAGGAAGUGUGUUGGAAGGUUGGGUAUGGAUAGAAGGUUAUAAGUUAUUAAGUUGUCUUCAUACGUUAAUUUCGUCGAGUCUUCCUUUAAUCGGUUGUAGUUGUCGCAGCUGAGGUUUUACAACUAAUUUUAAAUAUUACGGUGAGUAUUAUUUAUGACAUUAAUAAUUUAUAUGUUGUUAUAAUUAUGUUUAAUAGGGUAAACUUUUGUAUGCUUUAAUUGUGAGACAACAAUAUUAACAAACAAAGGAAAAAUAUUGGAUUGCUACUAAUUAAUGUUAAUUUUUCAAAAACAGAUUAAAGAAAUGUUUUUUAACAUGUAGAAACAAUCAGGCAAUUUAAAGAAAAGAUUUUUAAAGUAUACAAUUUUCAAUUAUCUUAGAACGAUAUAAAUAUUGUUGUGAAAUAAUUAUAAUUAAGUAAUUGUUAUUAUUAACAGUAAAUUAAUUCAGUUAUUACUUUGAUCUCUCGAUUUCUUUUUUAAUUUUAAUCGCUUUGAAUAGUGUAUAGUUUUCAUAUACAUGUAUAAGUUAUUGCAGAAACAAAAUUCUACAUAUUUUUCACUUCAAUUGAAUUCAUUUACUAUUGGUGUAAAUGCACCACUUCUGUGUAACACCCUGUAAACAUUAUUAUCAAUUAUUUCAAAUCAUCCAAGAAUACAAAAUAAAUUGCUAUUGAAGAAAUACCUAUGGGGGCGUUCAAGUAUUAUGUGACGCAAUUUUCGAAUAUUUUUGAAUAAAAUCGAAGUAACUACCAACCGAGGGGUUCUCCGCAAAUCGUAAACGAAAAGGAUUGCCAACUUUGAGAAAAAUUAAUUCCCUAUUUUUUUUUUAUUAAAAUUAAAAACCAAUGUUACGUAACGCCUUGUACGAACCCCUCUCUCUCUCUCUCUCUGUAACACAUUGUAAUGUGUUACAAGACUCCCUCCUCCCCCCCAGAUUGAACUAUGAUACUUGAACGCCCCUUAUCGUGAUCAAGCGAAUCAGUAUGAUAGAAUGCAUUGAAAAGAUCUACACACAAGCAUCAUUUACUGUGUAAAAUUUACAGCACCUUUUAUUUGUUUUUACUAUUAUAGUGUUUAAAUAUAAAUUUUUAUGACUAUAAAAGAAACGUUCCUGCCCAGGAUUUCAUUUAAUAGUAUGAUAGGUAUUUUAAUUCUAAUUAUGUAAUUUAAUGAUGUAUGUUGGUGUAUUGCAGCCUUCAUGUAUGUUUGCAUAGUACCUGCGUGGCGACAACCGAGUGUUUUGGUACGCCACUUAGUAACAUGUGUUUGUAUUAUUUUAUAACAAGAGUGGAUCCAAGAAGAUAGAGAAAGAGAAGCAGUAGUAUCGCCUUAUAUAGGUAUUUAGGUAAAUAACUAACUUUUAGAUACAUUAAUGACAAAGAAAGAUGAUAACAUUGUCUCUUAACUUUACCCUAUUUUGUUUAUACAGGGUGAGUUAUUUUACUUGGAUUUUCUUUGUAUGUCCCGAUCGUCUUCUGGACCCAUUGUUGUGGGUUGUGUAAAGACAUAAGUAUUAUAAAUAGAUUAAACUCGUUACACUUGACAUUACGCGUAUGUUGAGCAUACAUGUGCCAUGCCGCGGGGCGACGUCAAUUCAUACGUUCAAAUUGGUGUAACCAAAGCUUUCUUUUUAAGUCGAUAUAUAAUUACGGUCACGCGGUUCGGAAAUCGGGAUAAACCUGUUAUUGUAUUUAAGUUUACUCAAUUUAGCUUAGAGGAUGUUUUCUAGUACCAUUAUCUCAAGACCCCUCUAAUAAAUCUUUUAAAAUAUAUAAUAUAUGGUCGAAACCCUAUUAGAUUUAAAGUUUUAAACCAUUUUCAAUUUUUUUGGCUAGGAAUAAUGUAAGUUUAUAUCGAAUCGUGUGGCUGUACGUAACAGUGUCACAAAUCUGCAUUUUCUCUACCUAAUACCGUGUCAUUCCAUUGAAUGUGUUCUUCUUGUAUAAUAUUUUUCAUAGACGAAUAAUUAGAUUUGGGUUUAGUAUUAUAUUUCAAUUUCACGGUGAAUCUGACCACAUACAACUGGAUAUUAUAAAAAUAAUCAGGUUUUAUAUCGUGUUAUACAUUUGGUAAUCCAAUGUGGUGUGAUUUGAAUUAGAAGUUAAUGAAAAUGCUUUAUGAUAUUGAAGAACAAAUUUCUAAAGUCGCAAAUUAAUAGUAGUAAUGGUGUGUGGUCAACUUUAAGCACAUAGCAUAACAUAAGUAUAGGAUGUAUUAUUUUUACGAAUUCACUUCACAGGAAUUAGAAUUGAUCGCAGAACACGAGCUCAGUGCUCUGAUAUACACUGGAUUUUUAUAUAAAAGAAAUUGUGCCUAAUUAUGUACAUUUGUUGACGGUACAUAGAUGAGACGCGUCACUGAUGUUAAAUAUGUCGGAUAUCAGCAGAUACGAUGCGGAUAGGAUGUGCGAGUGAUGCGGAUAUUUGUAUACAAUUUUAAAACAAUAUUCUGAGGAUUAUAUUGCAUUCAUAGUUAAUUAGGAAUAAAGAUAACAGUUCUAAAUUUUUACUAAAAUACUUUGUAUAAGCAUUGAUAUCCGCAUUGCUUUCAUACUCCAAAUGCAGAUACAGAUAUAGCCUCUGGUAUCCGCAUAGUAAUUUAUAUCCGCGUUUUGACAUAUUUAACAUUCUUGAUAAUACACUGGCGGGCAAAUAAACCAAGUCGCUACAAAUUGUUAAUAUGGGAAAUAUUUCCCAUUAACAAUAAUCUUGCAUAAGUUUUUCCUGAUUAUCCAAAAUUACCAGUAAUUUAUUAAGUUUAAGAGAAUUCGAUACAUUUUUAAGGUAACAGACUUGGUUUAUUCGCCCCUUAGUGUCAUCAGUUGUGUAGAUUUUAUAUGAACGUUUCAUAAUAAUAUUAUAUAUAACGUUGUUAGUUGUUAGGCUACGGCUAGUUGAUAUGAUGUGAAUUUUAUUAUUAAUGUGGUUAUUGAGACGGCGGAUCUUCUGUUAAUUAAUUACUCCAAAUCAAUUCUUCCUUUAAAAGUUGAUUUCUUUAAACUUUUCCUACUUUUAAUGAAAAGAAUAAGGCUAUAAAAAUACCUCAUCUGUUAACAUGUCAAAAAAACAUCAUUCUUAUUGGUCCAUUUUCACUAUUAACUGAGGGUAGCCGUUAAGAUCGGUUUUAGGAAACGGCGGUAAAUAAAUAAGCAUUUAAACGUCUAGUACCGUUGAUGUAAUUCUGACAAACGAAAAAAUAUCCCAAUUUAUAUCCGAAAAAAUAUUGAUGUACUCUAUUAUAAUUGCUUGUUGGGUUUACUGCCAGCUAUUUUUGCAACCCUCUUCCUGUCAACCCCCCACCCCUCCCCUCCGGAUCCGCCGUUAGUGUAUCGUAACGGUAUGUGUUGCUUGCGUACAGUAUAUAAUGUCGGUAAUGCAUACGGAGUAUAUAUUGUGAUCAUUUUAUGUGCCAAUGUUUAUGUAAAAGACGUAGUAUUAAAGGGCGGCGCGAUGGAGACGAUCCUGUUUCUAUACUGUGGCUUUUUACACGCUCCUCACUUGCUAUGGGUAUGACGUGCCAACAUAUUUAAUUAAAUGAUUUUGAUGAUGAGUAUGUAUAAUUCACGUUACGUCAUUGAUUAAUGAUGAUUUUGAGAAAAUAUUUACUUGCUGUGGAUUAUCAGCAUCAUUUGUGGUAUUCAUUAUUGGAGAUCCAAGAAGAUGAUGACAUCUUCUAAAAUAUAUGACUAUUAUGAAAUAAUUGGUAUGCUUUGCUAUUUAUAAUGGGUCAUUGUAAACUGGAUACGCGAUGACGUAUGAAAACACCCUACACUGAUUUCAUUUUGUAGAUAUAGUUUGAUGUUUCUUGAGUUUUUUUUUUUCAACAUGGACGUCUGGCCUUUCCGCCUAUGCAUAGUCUAACAAAAAUGUCUGAAUAUGAAUAAUAAAUAAUUAAUUGUUGCUAUAAAAUUUUUGUUUUAGAAAUGUGUUGGCACGGUAUAAUCCCUGGAAAUAGAUAUAGAGAAUAUACUUGUACAAUAGAUGAUUAUAUAAAUAGAUAGCUAUAUAAAUUGUAUUACAUUUUGUACAUAAGCCGGCGCCAGCGCUUUUUGAAGUACCUACACAGAAACAGGAUGGAGGAAUCGUAAGGGAUUUAUUGAAGUUAAUAACGUUUAAAAUGAUUAAUAAAAUUUAUUAAUUUUGAAAUCA